GAUGUGUGAGGAGCAUCCGGAUGAGAAGAUUAAUAUAUACUGUUUGACGUGCUCUAUUCCCACUUGUUCGCUAUGUAAAGUCUUUGGGAGUCAUCAGUCCUGUCAGGUUGCUCCACUCAAAUCUGUCUACGAGACCCAGAAAACCGAGUUGUCUGAUGGUGUUGCUGUGUUGGUUGGCAACAAUGACAGAAUUCAGGGCGUCAUCAGUCAGCUGGAGGAAAGCUGCAGCGCAGUGGAGGAGAACGGUCGUAGGCAGAAGUCUCGUGUAUGUGAGUGGUUUGAUCGUCUGUAUGCUCUUCUGGAAGAGCGCAGAGGAGAACUCACACUGAAGAUCACCGCAGAACAGCAGGAGAAACUUAACUACAUCGGUGGCCUACAGUGCAAGUACAGAGAGCACCUGGAUAACACAGCUAAAUUAGUGGAGACAGGAUUUCAGACGAUGGAGGAAUCUGAGAUGGCCAUCUUCUUGCAGAAUACAAAGCCUCUACUACAAAAGAUAGCAGAAGGCAGGAAUGUGUCUCAUUUAGAAAAGGUGGAACGUGGAUAUGAAAAUAUGGAUCAUUUCACUGCAAACUUCAGCUCUGAACGAAGAACAAUACUCAGCAUGGACUUUACCAAGGAUGGUGAUGAAAAUGAAGAGGAUGAGGAUGAGGAAGAAUUAGCAGGUACUGUUAGUCCAGAGACUGAGACAUCUUCAUUGGCUACACCUGCCCCGGCCCAGCAGAGACAAACCGCUGUACCGACAUCUCCACCAAUGGCAGCUGACUCCUCCCAGAUGUCAUCAAAACCAAGUCAAUCAGUGAACAUCAACCCAGCAGAGAACACACCCUUAUUUACGCCCACUCUAGACACAAGUCACAACUCUUCCACAGACGCACCUGCUCAGGUAACUGCCGAUCCCAGCCAGACAUCUGAGGAUGGACCAUGCCACGUUUUCUCUUUUUCCUGGUUAAAUAUGCCAAAAUAAUAUCAGACUAAGUUAGUAAACCUGCAACAUCACAGUACGUUCCAGAAAAGUACUUCAUAACUAAUAUUUUGUUACUUUGACACUACAGUCAUAAAUAUGCAUUCAAUAUCAAAGUAGGAAUUUGGCGAGAUGAAAACACAACUGUUAGGCCUAAAUAUUCAUUGAUAAUAUUUUCUGACUAAAGUAGCUGACUAAAAUGGAAAAUAAAGGAUUAUUAAUACGUGUAUAAGUCUUGU